UGAUUAGGUGUAUAUAUAUGCAUAAUAUAUACUUUUGUGCUAUUCACCCGCUCUGUGACAUUUUAUAUUAGAUUUAAUAUCUCAAUUGUUAGAGCAAUUUGUUUGUUUUAUUUUGCGGGGUCAAUCAACUGACUUAAAAACAUAUCCUAUCAAAAUGGACGGUGUAACAACGAGCCAGCCGUAUGCAGUUCGCCAAAGAGACUGGCACGAUGGAUUAUUCGAUUGUACAAAUGACUGUACUUCAUGUUGGCUUCUUGCAUUUUGCUAUCCAUGUUAUAUGUGUUUUAUGUAUCAUCGAUACGAUGAAUGUUUCGCGACUCCAAGUGUAAUUAUCUUUCCUGGUUUAACAUUACGAGCAUAUCAUCGAGCUAAGCACCACAUACAGGGUACCCUGUUCAGAGAUUGGCUUAAAGAUUGCUGUUGUCCAUUGUGCGCUGCAUGUCAAUUAGAUCGUGAUAUGAAAUAUGUGGAGUCAACCACUGGAAUCCUGAAUGUUUGAAAAGAAGAAGAAGACAAAAAUGAACACUAUCUUACAUCUUGCUCGGUUCAGUCUUCAUUUGUGUGUGUGUGUGUGUGGGUGCCUGCUGCUGCUUCCUCUACUUCGUCUCCUUUGCUUUUAUUAUUUCUUCUCACGAAAUACACUUAAACUUGAAUCAUGUAUAACGAUUGUACUUGAAUUGAAUUCGUUGAUCAUUUUUUGUAAUUUAAUAUUUGCGUCUAUCUGUAAUACUGAUCUCUUUUUAAUUUAUGUAAACGGGAUUAUGCAUUUGUACGAUUAAUAAAAUUAAUGAAAAUAUAACUAUCUU